CUUGAAUUGACAAGCUCUGGAAUAAUGCAGAGAUGAAACAAGCAAUGACUAGAAAAUCCAAAUGGCAAUCUGUCCUUUUCCUUCCUCUCAUCAGUUUUCUAGUGAAGAAAAUGCUAUUUUCUAUAGAUUUUUUCACUUCCCAUUCCACUACCAUUAAUAAUUCUAACCUUAUCUCUUCUGCACUUCCCUUCCCGACACCGAUUGUUUCCAAUUAUUUUUUUAUAAUUAUGACCCAUGACCAAUCCAAACCAUCGAUUUCGAAUUGCCUGAUACAAGAGUGCAAUUUCAAAAUGGUAGAAUUGUAUCUGAUUACACGUUUAGAGCUUGCAUUUUCCGACAUGGAGGAGUUCCAGAAAUAGAAUUCGAAGCUGUCGGGUUUUUCCACAUUUGAUCAACAUGCCGCUUUCAGAUGUUUCCAGCGACCUUACUGUCGAAGUGGGAGCUAUGAACUUUUCACUCCACAAGUUCCCUUUGGUUUCUCGAAGUGGGAAGAUCAGAAAAAUGCUUACUGAAUCAAAGGACUCGAAAGUAUCUCGAAUAGCUCUCACCGCCGUCCCUGGUGGGCCAGAAGCCUUCGAGCUGGCCGCGAAGUUCUGCUACGGCUUAAACAUCGAGAUCACCCUAUCAAAUGUCGCCAUGCUGCGAUGUGCAGCUCACUAUCUUCAAAUGACAGAGGAAUUCGCCGAGAAGAACUUGGAGACACUCACUGAAAUCUAUCUAAAAGAGAUGGUGAUCUCGAACAUCUUGAAUUCAAUUGUCGUUCUCCACCGCUGCGAAGCUCUUCUACCAGUCGCUGAAGAAAUCAGCUUAAUCAGCAGACUCAUAAAUGCAAUUGCAUCGAAUGCUUGUAAGGAGCAGCUCUCAUCCGGGUUAUCCAAGCUCGAGCAUAACUUACCUGUUAAGCCGACGAAUGCAGAAUCAGAAACACCGGCGGAUUGGUGGGGCAAGAGCCUGACAGUCCUUAAUCUAGAUUUUUUCCAAAGAGUCCUGUCUGUGGUGAAAUCCAAGGGUCUAAAACAGGACACGAUCAGCAAGAUCUUGAUUAAUUACGCGCAUAAUUCCCUCCAAGGUCUUGGUGUUCGAGAUAUCCAAUCAGUAGAAGGAAGCUUGAUAGAUAUUGAAUUGCAGAAGAAACAAAGGGUGACCGUCGAAGCGAUAGUCGGAUUACUACCGACCCAGUCGAGGAAAAGUCCGGUGCCGAUGGCAUUUCUUUCAGGCCUACUUAAAACCGCGACAGUGUCAUCUGCUUCCGCCGCUUGUAGAGCAGAUCUAGAGAGACGGAUUGGGCUGCGAUUAGACCAGGCAAUUCUCGAAGACAUUCUCAUUCCAGCAAACCCAAACAGCAACAACCACCCAUUAUACGACACAGAUUCAAUAUUGAGGAUCUUCUCCAUUUUCUUGAACUUGGACGAGGAAGAAGAUGAUGGGAAUUGCUUUCGAGAUGAGACUGACAUGGGCUAUGAGUAUGACAGCCCGAGAUCUCCCAAGCAAAGCUUAAUUCUCAAGGUGUCGAAGCUGUUUGACACUUAUCUUGCAGAGAUUGCACUGGACUCGAACUUGCUGACGUCCAAGUUCAUCGCACUAGCAGAAUUACUCCCCGACCAUGCUCGAGUUGUGAAUGAUGGCUUGUAUAGGGCAGUUGAUAUUUUCCUCAAGGUCCAUCCCAAUAUCAAGGACUCCGAACGCCACCGCCUCUGCAAAACCAUCGAUUGUCAAAAGCUAACCCAAGAAGCCUGUAGCCAUGCAGCUCAGAACGAACGGCUACCGGUGCAAAUGGCGGUCCAAGUCCUGUAUUUGGAGCAGAUCAGGCUCCGAAAUGCCAUGAACGGAGGCCACGCUCCGUUCUUCUUUGGAUCAACCAAUGGUCAGUAUCCUCAACGUUCGGGCAGUGGGGCAGGCAGUGGGGCCAUCUCCCCGAGAGACAAUUACGCAUCGGUGAGAAGAGAAAACAGAGAGCUGAAGCUCGAAGUUGCAAGGAUGAGAAUGCGGCUGACUGACUUAGAGAAGGACCAUGUCUCUAUGAAACAAGAGCUUGUCCGAUCAACUCCGGCAAACAAGUUACUCAAAUCUUUCACUAGGAAGCUAAGCAAGCUCAAUGCUCUGUUUCGGUCAAAAGACACCAAAUCCAUCAUCUCCAAGGCUAAUUCAGACACCCGUUUGCUGUUUCAGAAGCGGAUGCGCCACUCCGUUUCUUGAUCAUAUAUCAGUGUGUAUAAAUAUUGUGAUUGAUUGUGUUUAAAUGAUAGAAAGAUAACAGUUCUGUCUUCAAUAGAAUUCUGUUAUAAUUUUUGUGAGGA